AUGGCAUAUAAGUCGUUACCUUGGAAACCAAUGUUGAUUAUACGACAGAACAGAGAUCUGUGGAUUGCUCGAUCUCGAAUUUUUGUCUAGACGAGAAUAUAUUGGAGAAGUUAUGUUUAAAAAUACGUUUCAAAGUGGAUUUUUAUCCAUAUUAUACAGCAUAGGCAGCAAACCUCUUCAAAUCUGGGAUAAGAAGGUUCGAAAUGGACAUAUUAAGAGAAUAACAGAUAAUGACAUUCAGUCUCUUGUUCUUGAAAUAAUAGGGACAAAUGUGAGUACAACAUAUAUAUCUUGUCCAGCUGAUCCAACAAAGACACUUGGAAUAAAGCUUCCAUACAUGGUGAUGAUUGUCAAAAAUAUGAAAAAAUAUUUCACAUUUGAAGUACAGGUGAUUGAUGACAGAAAUGUUAGAAGACGAUUUCGUGCAAGUAAUUAUCAAAGUACAACAAGAGUUAAACCUUUCAUUUGUACAAUGCCUAUGAGGUUGGACGAAGGGUGGAAUCAAAUUCAGUUUAAUUUGUCUGAUUUCACAAGAAGAGCUUAUGGCUCAAAUUACUUGGAAACACUUAGAGUUCAGAUUCAUGCUAAUUGUCGCAUCCGACGUGUGUAUUUUUGUGACAGAAUGUACUCUGAAGAUGAAUUACCAGCAGAGUUCAAACUUUAUCUUCCAAUGCAGAAAUCAAAAACUUGAAGUUCUCCAAACGUAAUGAAAUUUUAUUGUUUUCACCAUGUUGAUGAGUCAGCAAUGAAAAAAAAUAUUAAAAUUUUUUGUUAUCAGUCAUUUCCUUUGAAAAUUUUAAUUCUUCAUAAAAUUUAAAUGAAAUU